CUAGAAUUCUUCAAGAAAUAUGAAUUCCGUAUAGAAUUUAGGGAGUAUUAAAAACUACCAUGGCGGUGAGAUAACGAUCUUUCUGCCAUGGCGAUGGUAGUUACUACCCCUCUCGAUCUCGGCAGAUUGCAGCCGCUUCAUUUCAACCUCCGCACAUCUCCUCCCCGCCUUCAAAACCUCCGUCCCCAAUUCCGUCAGAGCGGCGGUCGCAGGUUUCGUUGCCGGAUAUUUUGCCAGACGAACCCUAAUCGUAAUCCGGCGGAGUGCUGUCAAACAUCUGAAUCUGCAGAAAAGGAACAAGAAGAGCUUUGUACGGAGCCUGGUUCCUCUAGCAAUGGUGUUGCCAGCAGUGAAGUUCCAGGUUCCUCCAAAGACACUGGUGGGCUUCUUGAAUAUCCUGACAGAAAUUUCAAUAGGAGGGUAGCACUGAUAUCUGGAUUUGGAGCAGUGGCACUUUUUCUGUCACGGCGACUCGAUUUAGGCGUCUCUUUAAAAGAUCUAUCUGCUGCUGCUAUGCCUUUUGAGCAGGCCCUUUCAAAUGGGAAGCCUACUGUGGUUGAGUUCUACGCAGAUUGGUGUGAAGUUUGUAAGGAAUUAGCUCGAGACGUGUACACGGCUGAACAGCAAUACAAGGACAAAGUGAAUUUUGUAAUGCUGAAUGUGGACAACACAAAGUGGGAACAAGAGCUUGAUGAGUUUGGGGUUGAAGGCAUCCCUCAUUUUGCAUUCCUAGACAAGGACGGGAACGAGCAGGGUAAUGUUGUCGGUCGCCUUCCAAUGCGGUACUUACUCGAGAAUGUGGAAUCCCUAGCCCGGGGAGAAACGUCCGUACCCCACACGAAUAUGGUGGGCCCAUACUCGAGUGCGGGAUCCCGCGUGGUCCAUCAAGUGGUCAGUCCUAGAAGUCAUCAUUCAUAGUUUAGUUGACAAAGCAUUUGUGUAAGUAGUUUUUUUUUCUUUCAGAAUACAAUUGUUUGGUUAGUUAUAGUAACUUUUUGCAUCAUUUCAUACUCCCUCCGUCCCCUAGUUUUUGUCCACUUUUGACUUUUGGUACUGUUCAUCUACGCACUCUGACUCAUCAAAUUCUCUCAAUGUGUAAGUCUAAAUAUAGUCAUGUGUGAUCU